AUGCUAAAGCAACUACUUCAAGGGCAAGCUGAUGGGGUAGUGGACACAAGCAAGAAGCUAGCUGAAAUAAACUCUAAGAUCGAGAACCUCAACACAAGGGUUUACUCUCUGGAGAAUCAUGCUUCUUCUGUUGCUGCUGCUACAAAGCAAGGACAACUACCUGGUAAAGCUAUUCAGAACCCCAAGGAACAGUGCAAGGUCAUCUUCACUCAAGAAGGACUUGUUGAAGAAGAGGAUCAAGAAAGGGUCAUUGAAGAUUUUUGUUUACUGCUGAAUGAUGAAGAGAUUGUUGCUGCUGAGGCUCCUGGAGUCCAGAUUGAUCAACCAGAAGUGCAUGCACCUACUGUGGCCAUUCACACUUCACCAGUUGAGCUCGCACGACAAGCUCGAUCGGCAGCUCGAUCGAGUCCAACUCUAGCUCGAUCGAGUCCGACCUCUUCUGUCCGAAAGCCUGUUUUGCUUGAUCCUUACCAACCGGUUGCCGCUUCCUCGUCUCGCCUACUUAGUCAAGGUCACAAGGAAGUGAUUCACAAGUUCAGAAGAGAUCUCAGUGGGAUUGGAAUUGAGUUGCCUCCUAUGGAUAGCAUGAGUGAGGCAUUUGAUCAAAUGCAAAUGGUCAAGGAUGUUCUAGCCAACAGUGAUAAAGUUUCAGAGGUCCUACAAGAGUCUACUCAUCAGUUCAACCUGCUUACUUCACCCACCUUCCUACCAAAGGUCAAGGAUCAAGGGAAAUUCACUCUCCCUUGCACACUUGGGCAUCUUGAGAUUGACAAUGCCUUAGUGGAUUCUGGAGCAAGCAUCAAUCUGAUCUCUCUCUCCAUGGCAGAGAAGCUAGGCAUUGCUGGAGCCUUGCAGCGCCCUACUACUUCAAUCAUGUUUGGAGAUGCAACUUCUAAGUCUCCUCUUGGAGUGUUCAAGAACUAUCACUUGAAAAUUGGAGAAUGCAUCAUCCAAACUGAUCUCACUGUGAUGGAAAUGGAAGAAGAGAAGGAUUUACCUCUGUUAUUGGGAACCCCUUUCCUUAGUACAGUUGGCGCUUCAAUAGACUUUCACAAGCAAGAAGUGAUCCUUCACAAGGUUGUGAAGGAAAGGGUUGACAAGGAACCAAGAGUUGGGAAGGAUAAGGAUGAGAGAGGACCAAGGAUUGAGAAGCCACGUCUUGAGAGGGCUAGAGUUGAGAAACCACGAUCUGAUAGGCCAAGAGCUGAGACUUGUUCAAGCCCCUUGUGUGCUUGA